CAACAGAAGGUGGGGGCGGGGCGCGACGCUCGGGUGCUUCCGCAAAGAUGGCGGCGGCGGCUGCAGGGAGAAGCGCUCGGCUGGCGGCCUGGGGCGGAAGGCUGCGGCGCGGGCUCGCGGCCGGCCGACGAACUGUGCCGAGUCGCGGCCCUCUCGCCGCGGCUGUGGCCGGCGUGGCCCUGGCAGGCGCAGGAGCGGCGUGGCAUCACGGCCGCGUGAAAGCAGCUGCGCGCGAGGGCACCUAUACGGUGUUGGCGCAGAAAAAUGACUUGGGACCAGUAGAGAAACUUUCUCUCCGCAAACAGCGGUUCAUGCAGUUUUCAUCCCUGGAGCAUGAUGGAGAGUAUUACAUGACACCCCGAGACUUCCUGUUCUCAGUCAUGUUUGAGCAAGUAGAGCGUAAAACACUAGUUAAGAAGCUGGCAAAAAAGGAUAUCGAGGAUGUACUGUCAGGAAUCCAAACAGCACGUUGUGGAUCAACAUUUUUUAGAGACCUGGGUGAUAAAGGGGUUAUUUCAUAUACCGAGUAUCUUUUCUUGCUUACAAUCCUCACAAAACCGCAUUCUGGGUUCCAUGUUGCCUUUAAAAUGCUGGAUGCGGAUGGUAAUGAGAUGAUUGAGAGAAAGGAGUUUGUUAAGCUGCAGAAGAUCAUCAGUAAGCAAGAUGGCUUCAAGACAGUGAAGACCAAUGAGACAGAGUACCAGGAACCAACAGUGAAAGAACCUGGAGUUAACACAACCCUUCAAGUGCGUUUCUUUGGGAAAAGAGGAGAAAAAAAACUCCAUUAUAAAGAAUUUCGAAGAUUUAUGGAAAAUUUACAAACAGAAGUUCAAGAAAUGGAAUUCCUUCAGUUUUCUAAAGGUCUGAAUUUCAUGAGAAAAGAAGACUUUGCAGAAUGGCUACUUUUCUUCACUAACACCGAAAAUAAAGAUAUUUACUGGAAAAAUGUGAGAGAAAAGUUGUCAGUAGGAGAGAGCAUUAGUUUGGAUGAGUUCAAGUCCUUUUGCCAUUUUACAACGCAUUUGGAAGACUUUGCUAUCGCCAUGCAAAUGUUUAGUUUAGCUCAUCGCCCUGUGAGGCUGGCAGAGUUCAAGAGAGCCGUAAAGGUGGCGACUGGACAGGAGCUCUCAGACAAUCUUCUGGACACCGUCUUCAAGAUCUUUGACCUGGACGGGGAUGAGUGCCUCAGCCACGGAGAGUUUCUUGGGGUACUGAAAAACAGGAUGCAUCGAGGUUUAUGGGUGUCCCAGCAGCAGAGUGUGCAGGAAUACUGGAAGUGCGUGAAGAAGGAAAGCAUCAAGGGAGUGAAGGAAGUCUGGAAACAAGCUGGCAAGGGCCCCUUCUAAGGAAAAGUCCGAGCCAGCUCAAGGGGCCAGACAUAUUUUUCCCAAGAAUUGGCUGUUUUUCUAUGUCUUCAUUGAGUUGUUUGGAAGUGUAAAGAUGCCAUGUACUCAUUUUCUGAUUUGGAAAUUUUGAAGGGAUGAGGGGAGGUGAAUAAAUAUGUGCCACAGUGGGAAGUCAGAGGCCAACCUGUGGGAGCCGGUUCCCUCCGUCUACCAUAGUAAUCUCAGAGACUGAACUCAGGUCAUGAGCUUUGGCCUCAAGUGCCUUUACCUGAUAAGCCAUCUCACCAGCUCUGACUCCAUAAUUUCUUGUAAUUUCUUGGUGAAUUUUCAUUACACAAAGUAUUCCUUUAUGAAAAUACACACUGCUCUAUUAAAGGCCUGUGUGCAAAGUGUGCUUUCUGAAGGGCUAAACAAGUUAGGGAAGGGACUUCAUUCCCAAGACAGGUACUGAUCCCAGAAGCCGUGAUGGAAUUGUGUUACGGAGUAAUUGCAGUUAACUGCUUGCUCCAGUGUUUCUUUGCUCCCUACCUUGAAAAUAACAUGUAAGUGACAGUGUCCUGUCUGGCAGCAGGAUAAAGUAUUUACAUUGAUACAAAAGAAGUAUUCAAGUAUUCCUUUUUUAAAUGUUCCAUGCUUUUGAAAUAUAAAUAAGUGCCCUCUCCCAGACACAGAGGUGAGGGGGCUCAGCCAGCAUAGGACACAGCUGUGUACCAUUCUUUCCUAACAAGCAGCACACUGAGUUCCACCUCCAACCACUUGUACACAGAUACAUUCACACACAUACAGUGAUCAUAGUAUCAAGUUUCUUAAGGUAAGGUAUCUUGGGUUGUGGGAAACACGGCACUAUAAAGUGGUUUGCAAUAAAAUAAAUAUGAAAUAAUGUUAUGUGGA